ACCUCCUUUCUUCCCUUUGAUGUCAUAAACCCCCCUUUUUACUCUCUCUCUCUCUCUCUCUCUCUCUCUCUCCGAUGGCCACCAAUUCUCUUCAAUCUUUGAACUACCGCCACCACACUCCGCCAAUUGGCCGGCGGCAGUCACUAGAAUGUCCACCGCUGUUAUCAUUUAAUAUCAAAUCAAACAAUACUAAUAAUCCUACACUCUCUAUCUCAUCCACCGUAAAAACCUUCUCUAUAUCCUCCACAACCUCCACUUCCUCCACCACCGCCGCCCAAUCAACCUCCUUUGACCUCCUCAAAAGUCUCCUCGCCGCAAACGAUUUCCGAGAAGCCGACAACGAAACCCGGCGUCUCCUCAUCGCACUCGCCGGCGAAGCAGCACAGAAACGCGGGUACGUUUUCUUCUCCGAAGUACAAUUCAUAGCAGAAUCAGAUCUGAAAACAAUAGACGAACUAUGGAGGAAUCACAGCAACAAUAAAUUCGGGUACAGCGUCCAGAAACGAUUGUGGGAGAAAUCAAACAGAGAUUUCACAACAUUGUUUAUAAAACUUGGGUGGAUGAAGAAACUCGACACUGAAGUCUUACAAUACAACUACAGAGCUUUCCCAGAUGAAUUCAUGUGGGAAUUGACUGAGGAAACGCCAGAAGGCCAUCUGCCAUUGACGAAUGCACUAAGAGGGACGCAGUUGUUCAGCUACAUUUUAACCCACCCUGCAUUUGCAGAAGAAGAAAGCGCCAUUGAAGAAGAAGUGGAGAAGAAGGAAGAACAAAGAGAUAAGGGAGGGUUGUCAAAACCACAGCCACUUGGCAAAGGAGUGUUCAAACCUGAUUAUAGUUUUUAAUGAAAAAGUAAAAUAUGGUUUGUAAUAUUUGUCCAAAUGCAAGGGGACACUGACAAAUAUUUAUAUUAAAAUAUCUACCUUUGCUUUUC